CUUCAGUCGCUCAUAAGAGAUCGAUCAAUCGGGUCUACCAAGGUAGAAACGUCGGUCUUAGUAGGAUAACUGUAAAUCUACAGUAUACGUAUAAAGAGAGAGAGAGAGAGAGAGAGAGAGAGAAAGAGAGGAGAUAUAUAUAUACAUAUAUAUAUAUAUAUAUAUAUUGAGAGAGAGAGAGAGAGAAAGAGAGAGAGAAAAGAAGAAGAAGAAGAAGAAGACAGUGUGCACAACGAUCAUUCCUAUUGGACAGAGAAAAGAAUAUUUAAGAAUGUUUCGUCGUGGUGUUAUUUGUCGUUAGCAUGUAGUAGUGUUUUUUCUUUUUUUUUUUUUUUUGUUUUUCUCUCCUCUUCGAUCGUCGGGUUUGAAUAAUUAGGGGGAAGAAAAAAAAAAAAAAGGAAAAAAAAAAAGAAAAGAAGAAGAAAAAAGAAAAGAAACAAGGAGGGGAAAAAAAGCGCAGAGAGAAAAGGAAAGGUCCUCUCCUCCUCCCCCCGACCCUCCCUCCUCUGCCCUAACGUAAGUUUCGAGUAAUUGUCCUCGAAAUUUCAGUUCAAUUGUGCUACCAUGUACGUCGGGACUUUGAGUUUGCUUCGUUGAAGAACUGUUCUUUUUUACGUUUUUGUUUUUGUUUUGUUUUUUUUUUUUUUUUUUUCUUUUUUUUUUAUCAUUUCUUCUUCUCUCUCUUAAAUCAUCAUCGUUAUCAUCAUCGUCAUCAUCAUCAUCAUCAUCGACCAUCAUCACUGUCGUCGUCGUCGUCGUUUCGCGCUUUAAAUAAUAUCUCUAUCAUUACUCGGACUCGCGACAGUGUCAUUAAUAUAUCAUUUAUUAAUAUAUAAAUCAUUUUGUCGUGGUAUUAUUGUGAUUUCUACCAUCCCUCCUUUCUUUCUUUCCUUCUUUUUUUGUCACCUUUCUAUCCUUUUCUUUUCAUCUUAAGAUUCGAUUAUCAAAGUUCCAAUAAAUCAAGAGUUUAACGAAAGAAGAACGUGUUCGAUUUUUACAUACACAUUGUAGGAAUAUUUUAACUUCGAUUAUUAUUAAUUGUCAGUAAUCUGACAAUAGUGUUGGAAUAAACGAACAAGUAAACGAAACGUAUGUAUGUACGAACGAACGAACGAACAAAAAGGGGAAAAGAACAAGAAAAAAAAAAAGAGAGAGAGAGAGAUAAAAAAGAUUCGGUGACCUUGACAGUCUUGGAAGGUCAUCGACACAGUUGGUGUGCCGCGAUACCAAAAUAGGAAUCGUGGAUUGGUGGAUUUACAAAUAAGUGUUCAGUGUAUAAUUAUUAUUCGACUUUUUAAAAACGGACGUUUAUUGUCCGUUGUACGGGCUGACAUUCAACGUUAAAGAUGCCGAAGAUUUUUCUUAUUAAAAAUCGAUUACACCAACAACAAUUGAGACUUCUCGAGGCUCAACAUGUUGGGAAAAGUCCAUCGCCUUGCAGCGGUAAAGAAAGUCCACUUGGUAGCUCGGAACCUCUCAGUUUAAUCGUCAAUAAACAUCAGUAUCGCGAUAAAACCGAGGAUGAUCGUGCUACUACUCCGGAAUCAUUAAGGAGCAGUAGUCCAGCACCAUCUCCACCACCUGUACCAUGUCAAUCGACGAACAACACGCCUUCGAGUACACCACCGAGGCGCUUCAUUUCCAGUAUCCUUGGUGGGGACGUACCCUAUGGGAGCAGAGGUCAUGUAUUAACUCGCGCCGAACGAAAGGAAUAUAGUACGCCACCUAUCAUUCCAACGCCAUCCGGAGAUGCUCCGCAAUUUAUCACAAAAACGGAAAAGCUCGUAUUGCCGAGGCCGCCAACCCCACCUAAGGUCCCACGUGUCGAACCACCGACCAGAGUUUCCGUGAUUCAGAGGGUACCGCAUCAGAGUCAAGGUAACUCCAGAAGGGAAGAGAAGAUCGAAGUUCCUCAAAGUCAGGAGCCUGAGCAGGAACAGCCGAUAGAUUAUGCGGUACCGAAAAGAAAGGAAGAGGACGACGAGAGAGGCCGCGAGACUGCAAAAGUAUCGCGCACGAUAUGUAAUUCUAUUGCUAGACCAUUGCUAGCUAUGAGGCUUUCUGGGCCGCAAAUUGUUCACACAGCAGCAGGACUUGGAAGAACCAACAAUUCUGGAACGAACAAUGGUUCUUCCAGUUCUAAUUCAAAUUCUAAUACUAGUAAUUCGUCUUCCUCGGCGUCAUCGUCAUCCUCGAACACGGGUAAUUCGUGCAGUUAUUCCGGAGGUGGUACCUCAGGAGGAGGGGGUGGUGCCGUAGGUGGGGGAGCUGGAGGAGGAGGAAUGAAUCCAGGUGGGAACGGGGGCCGGGGCAAUUAUGCCCCAAGUUCACCACCUACUGGUUCCUUACCACCGUUUUACGAGUCCCUUAAAGGUGGCAACAACCUAGCCAAUUUCGCGAACCAAUAUACGACCAGUCAAGGUAAUAGCUACCUCACACCUACUCCAGCGAUAGGGAUGGAAUGUGACACGGGACAACAAGACGUUAAUUCGCAACAUGCUCAAUACAGUGCUCAAGAAGGGAAACAGUACUCCUUACUUCAAAAUGUUUGCGCAUCUUAUGGUUUGGCAUUGAAGGAGGAAGAGGAUCUAUCCGCUUAUAAGAUUCAACCUAAUGAUUUGUUAUCUGGUCAAUAUGGUGCAUAUGACGUCACGGAAAACGGAAUGAUGGUCGAUAUGGUGACCGGUGCCGUUGUCGAUCCAUUGCAAUUUACAGCUACGUUGACGUUCAGUUCGCCGUCCGAUCAUACGGCAUUGUUGGAAAGUCUUAACGAUGCCGCAGAUUUAUUUUUACCUAAAUUACAAGCCGGAGAUGGAGGUAACGAUCUACUCGAGGACUCGUUACAUUCCCCAGCCUCCGCUGGGAGCGGCAUAGUUCAGGACUCAGGUCAAAUGACCACGCCCGUAGAACCCAGCGUAGACCCUUUUCCUGAGCAUAGUAUAGCCUUAACGAGAGGCUUCGAUGCAUCAAGACAUUACAAUGGAACGCCGCAACACUUCAAUACCAAACUGGUUGGUCUUACAUAUGCAACCGGGGAAGCUGGUUAUCAACCACUAGCUAAGGAGCGGCCAGAGCUGGCGUUGCAUUUAAAUCAAAAUCAUCAAAGCCAAUCGGAACCUCAGUUACAACAAUUACAAAUUCAAGUACAGUUACAACAUCAGCAGCAACAGCAGCAGCAGCAGCAACAACAACAACAACAACAACAACAACAACAGAAUAAUAUGUCGCCUCAUCAUUCGCAACAACAUCAGGGAUUAUUGAGCCCUGGUCUCAGUUUUGUUGGUAGUGGAUUGGAAUUAGAUUCCGGUAGCAGCGUUGGAGGUAGUUUACCAAGUCCCGGUGCUACGAGUUGUUCCUUGGAUGGUGCAUCUACCAGCACAUCUCCGUCAUGUGCAUUAAUGGAACAUGCCCCGAGUCCACCAAUAGGCGUAUCGAAUGGUGUGAAUAAUAGUCAAGUUAAUGGACAAGUCGCCGAGCCGCCUCUAUCUCAACGGGUCGGUGUACUACAGCAAAGGUUGGGAUUACCGGGUGAUUGCCAAUUGGAAUUUGUUAAUGGCGGUCAUGGUAUAAAGAAUCCAUUAGCUAUCGAAGGACAAAGACAGGCUACUACCAGUCGUGAGGAGGAUAGAGCGACUCGACCAACAUCCGGAAAGGAGGACGGACCAAUACGUUUCACCUGUCGCGUUUGUAGCAAACAAUUCAACUUACAACGGCUCUUAAAUCGACAUAUGAAAUGUCAUAGCGACGUUAAACGUUACCUUUGUACAUUCUGCGGUAAAGGAUUUAAUGACACUUUCGAUUUGAAAAGGCAUACAAGAACGCAUACAGGUGUGAGGCCGUACAAAUGUAAUCUAUGUGAGAAAAGUUUCACCCAAAGAUGCUCCCUCGAAAGUCAUUGUCUAAAGGUUCACGGAGUACAACAUCAAUAUGCAUAUAAGGAAAGACGUACUAAGGUUUACGUAUGCGAAGAAUGCGGUCACACUACGCAAGAACCAGAAGUACAUUACCUUCAUCUGAAAGACAAGCACCCGUACAGUCCAGCUUUAUUAAAAUUUUACGAUAAGCGCCACUUCAAGUUCACUAACAGCAAUUUCGCCAACAUGUUGCUACAGGGUGGCAUGCUACAACGAGACUCAAGGAUUUCGGAAACCUGCGUUAAAUCAGCCUCGAAGACCUUCGAAAAACCACAUCAGCGUGCUACCUUGUUACAUUUGGGUCGAGCUUCCAGUUUCUGAAAGAAGAGUUUCCAUGGGAUAUCAAAACGAAAGGUCUCAAAGGAUUCACAUGGGAACGUAUAAGAAGAACGAAGAAAAAUACAGAGGAAGAACAAGGAAAAAGAAGAAGGAAGAUUACAAUGACUAAAACACGUCACGUAAUUAUCAAAACGUCGCGUUUUUUGCGACCUCGCGCGAUAGAAAGAACAAAAAAUAUAAAACGAAAAAAAGAAAAAAAAAAAAACAAAAAGCAAAACAAAAAAUUAGAGACAAUUUAUAGA